CCCGUUUUGUAGAUGUUAGCUAGCUACUUCCCAAUCUCUAACUCCCCCACAGAUCGAAUUCACUUCGAUCAAUUCUUACAUCAUAUCCAUAAUUAAUCCACAAAAACUCAGCAUAAUAAUGGACAAUUCUAAAAGAACAUCCCUACUGUUCAUCAUCUUCUGGAUCACCCUAUUCUCUACUCAUACCAUCUUCACAUGUGCAGAUCAGGCCCAAAACGAUCAGGCUAAAGAAUCAUCUCCAUCUCCUCAGGAAAUAUUGUUCGAUACAUACUCGCUCUUCACAAAGGCUUCGUUACAGUACUGGGAAAAUGUCAAAUCCCUCUUCAACCAAGCUCAGCUCAGCUUUACGAAUAAGGAUGAUGUUAGUAUCGUUAGCGGUGGAGGAAAGCAGGCGGAGAUUGGAACUACAGAAAGGCUGAAAGAUGCGGCGGAGAAGAGCUUUGAACAGACCAAAGAAGCCGUUGAGGGAUCCGCCAAAACGGCGGCUGAUGCGGUGCACGACGCCGCAGAGAAGGUAGGGAUGAAGGAUAAAGUGCCGCCGCCUGCACCAAAAGAGAAUGUCGCCGAUCAUGGCGGGGAGCUGUGAUCAUCAGGAUCGAUGAGGAUCUAUCGGAUCGGAAUUGAAGAUCGAAGCUAGCUAGCAGAUCUGUUACGUUGAGCCCAGUAUAAUUAAGAUUAUUUUUUUAAUCUUUAAUUUUGCAUUAUUUUCGUCUGCAUGUAGAACUAUACACUCUAUAUGACCUCUUCAAUGUUCAGUUUUUUU